AUGGAGACUCAUUUUUUAAGGGGCCAUGGCGUUUAUGUGAAGGAUGGAAAAAUGAUUGCGAGUGUUUGCGGAGUUGUCGAACGAGUGAAUAAAUUGAUAUCAGUACGAAGUCUAAAAUCAAGAUAUAUACCUAAAAUCGGAGAUGUUGUCGUAGCAAGAGUACUUGGUAUCGUUGGAUCUUCAUGGGACAUGGAUAUCGCCUCGUAUCAAAACUCCGUUCUCAGCAUCAAUUCCAUUCUUCUCCCUGGAGGUGAGCAUCGUCGCCGAAACGACGCCGAUGUGCUUCAGAUGCGUUCUAUUUUCGUACCUAACGACAUCAUCAGCGCGGAAGUGCAGCAAAUCAACCGUCAAGGCGAGAGUUAUCUGCACACCCGUUCUCCCAAAUACGGCAAGCUCUCCAGCGGCGUUCUGGUGUCGGUUCCCUGCGUUUUGAUCAAGCGGCUGAACCAACACUUCGUGAAUCUGCCGUGCGGCGUGGGCUGCAUCAUCGGGAACAACGGAUACAUCUGGGUGACCGAUAAGCUGCGUAGAAUUCGAUCGAACCGGCGAUGUUCUAGGCGAAUUCGAUGA